GGAAGAGAUUAGGGCUAUUUGAAGAGCCGAUGUGGACGAUGUAUUGUAACGGGAGGAAAUGUGGGUAUGCAACAUCGAGGUUAUGUACGGAUUCCGAUUGGCAUGUGUUGAGUACGGUGCAGAGUGUUUCCGUCGGCGCCGGAGUAAUUCCGGUGGUGGAUGAUGGCCGGAAAAUUAGUGCGGCGGAAGGUGAGUUGUUGUAUAUGAGAGCGAAAUUUGAACGAGUUGUAGGGAGUCGUGACUCGGAAGCUUUUUAUAUGAUGAAUCCGGAUGGUAAUGGAGGACCUGAACUCAGUAUUUUUCUUCUUAGAAUAUGAAAAAUAGAAAAAAAAAAUUGAUAUGGAAAUUAAAGAAGAGAAAAAGUUGAAAUGAUAAUAUUUAUAAUGUUUUUUGUUUUUGAGUAUUUUGAAUUUAUAGUGUGUUUAAUUAGGUAUA